AUGGCCUUACAACUAUUUACCAAUGAACAAUUGAAUUAUUUCAAGUUUGCUUUCAUCGUGCUGAAUGAGAUUCCUAAAGCAUUACGGCAAACUUUUAAACAGAUGUGGAACAACACCUUUGCGUCACGUCCUGGUUUUCAGUCCUGGGAUGACUCUCAUGCUGUACGUAACUUGUUCUUAAGUACUGAAGGUGGAAAAUCCAAAGUCCCCACCCAUCUCUCCUAUGAUGAAUGGGAUUGCACAGCCCUGUUCCAAGCUACUAUCUAUGCACGGUCCUUUGCUUUGCCAGAUAGCAAAGGCCAUCACAGGAUACUUCAUUAUUUGUACUUGAUGUCCUGUAAAUUACCACAUGGUACUUUCCAUUCUUCUGUAGUUAGCUCGACCGGAGAUAAAGCAGAAACCUUUGCACUGGCGAUCGAUCAGCUUCGAUUGUUGAGAAAUUCACUCUGUCAUUUAAAUAAAUCUGAAUUGGACAAAAUAAAAUUUGAUCGAUACGUUCAACUCGCUAAAGACGCAAUGAAAGCCCUUAGAGUUAAUACUGACACUAUUGAUGCUGUUGGAAGUUUGACUGAGUCUGACUUUCCCAUCGAGAAAGUUCGCAAGUUAGAGGAUGACGUCAGAAAAGAGCUUCAAAAAAGAAACGAAUUCCUAGAAGAAGAAGUUAUUGAUGACUUGCAGCUUUUACAGAAAUCUCAAAAGGAAGGUACUGAAGAGCUAAAGAAGACAAUCAAAUCUGAAAAUGCCACUACCCAAGGCACGAUUGAAACUAAGUUUGCCGAGCUUCAAACUGAAAGCAGACUUGUCAGAGAAGAUGUUAAAGAUGAACUACAUCUUUUACAGGAAUCCCACAAAGACGACACCGAGAACCUGAAAGAGGCAAUCGCUGCUAGUGAAGGAAGGAUGGUUGACAAGAUUGACGAGUUUAGCCAAGAGAUGAAAGACCUUCUGGGGGAGCCGCAAAGUUCAGGUAAAUAGCAAAUUAAAACGCGGUUUUUUUGUAAUUCUGAUUCGACCAGAACUCGAACCGCUUAUUCAUUAGGUUUCACCGAGCGAUCUUUUAGCGCUACUCAUGAUUUGGUGUCCUUCACAGUCGUUGUAUAGUCUUGCAUGUAAUCUACAGACAAUGCGUUCUCUCGGAAAAAACAAGUUUCGUGACAAGGCAAAAAGGGACUGUACGGAAAUUUCAUUUUCUCAACAAUUUAUAUACGUUUUUCUGAGGUAGAAAUACUGCUAUAUCUAAUUAAUUUAUUUCAAUGCCGUUGAUCAGCGCGGAAAUGAGGAUAACCUAUGAAAAUAGGCCUUUGGGAUCUUAUAUUCAUUUCAUUCUUUUCUGCUGAAUGACGCAUCUAUGUCAUAGGUUGAAGUAUUAAAUCUUUACUUUUUUUGAGAGGGCACGGUAACGAAUCUUGCAAUUUGAUUGGUUCCUUACCCGGCCAGUAUUUUCCUAUCUCUGCCCACGGGCCACGGUAACGCUUUCGUGAGUCGCCAAGUACAUCCCAACUUUCGUUGCCAUUUUUCAUAAGGGUUUCUCGUUUUUCCGGCUGAGCAGUAUUUUUAAGCAAACACGUCGGUCACUACCUCAAGCCGAUGAAUAACUUAUGAAUCCUCUCUUUUCUUUCACUCAAAUCACUUUGGUUGACAGAAAAAUAUUGGUUUCAGAAUGAAUUUGUAUAAACAAUAGUGUCAUUACGUUGGUUGACAAGCGGCCUAAAACCCGUCAGCAAUUAAUUUUAAUCGUUCACAAAAAUUACCUAGAAAGUUAAAACGUGAGGUAUUUGGUUACAGUUAAACUGAACGAUGGAACUUUCAUUCAUUUAAUACCUGAAUUUUCUCAAGCAAUUUGUUCGCAGUGAAAGAUUGAGCGAAGUUUUAAUUUAAGUUCUACAACAAAUAUACGCUCUCGGUGAGACUUUCCAAGUCCGUUCAAUUUGAACAUUUGUACCGUAACUUGCACAACAGAAACUGAAGGAAUUUUUUGAGAAAAGGCCGCAUUAAAUCCCCUUGUGUCUCGUUGGAGUGUGCCAUUCGAAUUUAGUUUUUGUUAAGGAAAGACCAGAUUUACACACGCCAUUGCAGCAAACAAACGAGCAAACUCUCACAACUUCAAAAUAAAAAAAUUGAAUUUACUCACAAUUACUUUCCUCGCCGUUUACUUAAUGAACAGAGAUAAAUCUUCGUACAUGAAUGAAUCAUCGAUGAGAGUGAAUAAUACUUUCCGUUAGAUCAUUGACAUUGACUGUUUUUGAAGAAAACAUUGUCGUGACAGUCCUUGCCAAACUAGUUCCGUUGUUUUUCAAAUGUUCUUACGUUUUUUUUACUUACACGCUCUCUAAUUGACAGGUGUCAGAUUGUGACAGAUACUUGUAAAAAUAAUGUUUCAAAGUUUGUUUGGAAGCCUUUUAAAUCAUCGUUACGGAAAUGAAAAUGUUUCGCUGAGGCAUCUCUCUUGAAUUUGCAUCAUCUCUAUUUUAACUACCAUUUACUCACUCAAAAACUGUUCAGUUUAUGAAAGAUCUUGCCGUAUUUACAGCCCUAAAUCAUUCGGGUUCUUUCGGAAAACAUAUCAAACUCUUUCCCCAGUGCGACGAACAUUUGUUUUUCUCGGUUCCAGGUGUACGCAACCACUAACCCCACGUAAUGCGCAUGCUCUCCGUUACGAAUUUUCAAAAUGGCGGACAAGCCAAAGAGGGAAAUUAAAAAAACAAAGCGAUUUUGCAAUGAAUACUCAACAUACACCCUCGUUAGAAAGGUGAAUCCACGGAAAAAGGUAAAAAACUGUAUGAUAUUUAGAUCGAUAUGAUAUUAAAUCGAUACCGAGGGCCCGUUUCCAACUUGCUAAGAAGUGCAUUUAGCUUUCUUGACAGCUUUCUGAAGACAGAAUACUUUCUUUCUGAAGACUUCUGAUACGCGGCUAUUGAUUAUUACACCUCGUAUACCUGAUUGCACAAACACUUUGUUUACGAUUGUUGAAAGGACCGACUCAUGGUUCUCCGUCUUCGUCUUUAAAUUGCUUUGAAAUAGUAUAGAUUAGUAAGCUGAAACGAAAAAUUAAUCAAGGAAGCUUACGAAAAAUCCAGCAAACAAGAUUAAAAAAAGGCAUUUAUUUAGACUUCAUACUUCAACGAACUUCACAAAUCUUACUUGUUUAUCUUGUAAGUAAACGAUGGCAGAUUAAUUCCCGAAGCGCUUUCUGAGUUUCCCGAUCCCUCUCCUACUGCUUUCACGCUUACAAAACAGGAAAAAAUCAAAAGGAGGAAGAUACAGCUGUUUUGAAACGCCAUUUGACGAGGGUAAAUCUGCUUUUUGUUCGACACUUUACAUAUCAAAACAAAGGAAAUUUGUUCCUCUUUUUGAUUCUGGCGGUACUGGCGUACAUUUUUAAUUUGCGCUUGCGUAAAAGAGAUAUCGCCCGAGACCCUUCGCUCGGUGGUGUUUUGAUCAAAAACGCCUUGUUAAUUUCAAGCAACCGCUCAGAAAUUGAGGUAAAAAUGACGAGGGAAAAACUUUACCUUCAAGUUAGAAAAUUAGCGAAAUAGAAAACCACAAUAUUAUAGUUUAAUAUUUCAGAGGUACACUGAGUGCUCUUUCCGUAGAGAAUCCGCACGAUAGUAAAACAUUCGAAAAUUACACUCGAUUUGAGAGGGGUGUUGAAGUGGGCGUGGUCACUACAUUCAUGUUAAGACUAUUUGUACCCUAUGAGUUUGAUAUGAUUUCGUCAAGUUUCAAAAAAAUAAAUAUGUUAUUUACCGGCUAAGGGUCGGUCCGUAUGGUGAAAAACUGUGACCUCGGUCUUGAAAAUGCUGCAGUUUUUCACCAUACGGACCUCCCAGCCGGCAAAUAACAUAUAUGUAUAAAGAGAAAAAACAAAAAAGCCUCGACUCUGCUAUGUUCUGUCAAAGAUUGAUUAAACCGUUGUGAUUGCAGCCACGAAGGAGGGAUAAGAAAUACUCAACUUAAAGUAGUGUUUCUCUAUAUGCCUCUUUCAUGCUAUCGCCACCUCCCGCUACAGAAUAAGGCGCAGUCGAGUCUUCUUUAUUUGUUCUGUUCACUACCCUUGUACCACCAAAGAUUUUGAGUGCAUACCGACUGAUCCUGUAAAGGCCAUUGCACAUUAUGUUUUCCUUGUCUAAAACCAACUUUCUUUGUAGGAUUUAAACCACGUUUUUCACGAUUGAAUCUUCCUUCUCACUUUACUGGCCGUGAAAAAGAAUGUGAAGAGAUUAUUGGUCACGUGAAUUCUGAUUCAACGCAAAUCGUAUCAGUCUGGGGGUCACCAGGGUUUGGAAAAACGUCUACCGCAAUCGCUGUGGGUCACCAGCUUCAAAAGCGCGGUCGAACUGUCUACUUUAUCUCACUACGCGGGCUUACCUCAAAAGGUGAUUUAACGUCAAAAUUACUUAGCCACUUCCGAACUGAUAAAUCGGCCAAACAGGGUUUAAAAGCUGACGAUGAAAUUGGAUUCAUUUUUGAAAGGCUAUCGGAUCCAUGUGUGUUGAUCCUUGAUAAUGCCGAUGAUUUGUUUGAAUGUGGCGAGCCAGAUGUGAAAAAGGGGACUGUGAAUCUGCUGAAAGAUAUCCUAAACCGCAGCGAAAAGGUCAAAUUUCUCCUAACCACGCGGGAGUCAAUGGCCCAUUUGGAUAUGUCUUUACAGGGACACAAGUCCACCAGAAUAGGAGAACUCGACAAGUCAUCCUCAAAAGCUUUGGUGAAAAACUUACUUCCAAAGGCGAGCUCUUCUGACGCAGUGAAAAUCGCGCAGAUGUGCGGACAGGUGCCCUUAGCUAUUUGGUUGUUGUGUAAGUCGCUCUCUGACGAUUACGUCCAAUGUAGUGCAGAUCUUGAUGAAUUAAUGCUGUCUGAAAGUAGCCUACUUGAAUUGCUGGACAACCCAGUACAUACCAGUGAUGCAAGGCUUAAAACCCUAUUUGAAUCGUCUUUCCAGAGACUGUCUUCGCAGGACCAAGAAGCACUGGUGUCUUUGAGUGUUCUUCCAGAAACAUUUGAUCUUAAGAUUGCUACAGCUGUUUUAGAGAGCUCCAUCGAAACUAGGAAAGUUUUGGGAAGACUACAAGGGAGGGCCCUCAUGGAUAGAUGUUCAAAUUCGGACAAAUUCUCCAUUCACAAACUUUUGCAAUCCUUUGCAAAAAACAAGGGUAGACGUGAGAUGGAAGAAACAGUUCUGAUUGCGAACACUCGCUUUUUAUUAUUCUACAUUGACUUGGCUGAGAAACUCAAUGAGAUGUUCCUGACAGGACACUCCAUGAAAGCAUUGAUCGAGUUCUUCGACAAUGAAAGAAGUAUUGUAAAAAGUUUGAUGGAUGGUUGCACAAACGACAAGGCAGCAGACAGAGUUUUUCAAGUUUUGGCAAAAGCAGAGGUUUUUCUUGCCACUGCUUUUUACAACAACGAACUUAAUUUCGAGAAGAUUUUUCAAUCAGCAGUAAAGGCAGCUAGUCAGCUUGGACGAAGUGUUCUCCACAGACAACUACUUCAAUCCAAGGCGUUUGGUUACAUUAUUUGGGGAGGAAGUGGGAAUACAAUGCUGUUGCUUUCGGAGACCAGUAAACUUCAAAGUUUAACCACCACCACUUGUCCCGAAGAGAGAGGCAAACACUUGUGCUACUCUGGCAUCUAUCAGCUUGUGGCAGGAAAGACGCAAGAGGGAGUUGGAAGUUUAAAAGAAGCUAUUUCCCUUCUGAACAAAACUGCUGAGCAUAAAGUUCUGAGACUUAUGAUACUUCAAAUCCUUGCUAUUUUCUAUCGAUGCGCAAAAGGCGACCACGAGAUGUCAGCCACGUUCUACGACAGAGCAGUGAAAGAAUGCAGAGAGGCAGAAGACAUGCAUCUAUUAGUAAUUCCGGAUAAUAACGGAGAAGCGAAUUAUUGGGACGAACACAAGGUACCCUCAAGUACAGAAAAUCUUGGAAACGAAGCCAUUGAAAUUGCAGUGAUCUAUCUUGUGGUCAGCGCAAUUAAAAUUAUGUCUUCAACUGAAAUUAGGGAUUUUUCAAUCAAGUUAUUUCUCAGAAUACUUCAAGGCAUCGAGUCAACCAAUGAAGUGACGAAACCUGGAUGGUUUAGAUUUCAAGCAAACGCAAUUACUAUGCUAAGUACGUUUCAUAAGUAUCAGGAAGGCUUAUCACUAACUCAGAAACUAAUAACCUGCCACCUAAAUUCACUGCAAAAGGGGACGACAGGCGAAGAAAACGUUACCUCUAGUCUACAAAAAGAAGCUCUAGCAGAGUGGUAUUUGCUACAAGGGAAGAAUCAACAUUGCCUACGUCACUUUUCAGAAGCUUUCACCUCAAAACAGCAUGCUCUUACCAUCAUCUUAGAACUCUUCGGUGAAAAAAAUGCCAAGACUGCCGAUGUAUACUCAGAAUUAGGGUUUACAAAAUGCAGACUAGGAGAUUAUAACUCAGCUGCGGAGUCUCACAAGCUUGCACUCGACAUCAGAAUUCAAUUGCAUGGGGAAGAACAUCUGAGGACCGCCGACAGCUACCAUGAGCUGGGGGUUACCCAAAAUGCACUUAGCGAUUACACCUCAGCCGCAAAGUUCCACGAGCGUGCACUAAACAUCAGACAAAAAGUAUUGGGUGAAGAUCAUGAAAACACCGCGCGCAGCUACUUUAACCUGGGGGUUGCUCAAUAUAUGCUUGGAGAUUACACCUCAGCCACUAAGUCACUCACGCGAGCACUAAACAUCAGACAAAAGGUAUUGGGUGAGGAUCAUGAGAAGACCGCUGACAGCUACUUUAACCUGGGGGUUAUCCAAUAUGUGCUUAAAGAUUACAACUCAGCCAAUAAGUCACACGAGCGAGCACUGAACAUCAGACAAAAGGUAUUGGGUGAAGAUCAUGAGGAUACCGCUGACAGCUACUGUAAGCUGGGGGUUAUCCAACAUAUGCUUAAAGAUUACACCUCAUCCGCUGAGUCACACAAGCGAGCACUAAACAUCAGACAAAAGGCAUUGGGUGAAGAUCAUGAGAAGACCGCUGACAGCUACUUUAACUUAGGGGAUACCCAGCAUAUGCUUAGAGAUUAUACCUCAGCCUAUAAGUCACUCACGCGAGCACUAAACAUCAGACAAAAGGUAUUGGGUGAGGAUCAUGAGAAGACCGCUGACAGCUACUUUAACCUGGGGGUUAUCCAGUAUGUGCUUAAAGAUCACACCUCAGCCACUAAGUCACUCACGCAUGCACUAAACAUCAGACAAAAGGUAUUGGGUGAAGAUCAUGAGAAGACCGCAGAUAGCUACUAUAAGCUGGGGGUUAUCCAACAUAUGCUUAAAGAUUACACCUCAUCCGUUGAGUCACACAAGCAAGUGCUAAACAUCAGACAAAAGGUAUUAGGUGAAGAUCAUGAGAAGACAGCUGACAGCUACUUUAACCUGGGUGAUACCCAAUAUAUGCUUAGUGAUUACAACUCAGCAACUAAGGCACACAAGCGAGCACUAACCAUCAGACGAAAGGUCUUGGGUGAAGAUCAUGAGAACACCGCUGACAGCUACCAUAGGCUGGGGGUUAUCCAACAUAUGCUCAAAGAUUACACCUCAUCCGCCGAGUCACACAAGCAAGCCCUAAACAUCAGACAAAAGGUAUUGGGUGAGGAUCACGAGAAGACCGCUGACAGUUACUUUAACCUGGGGGUUAUACAAUAUGUGCUUAAAGAUUACACCUUAGCCAAUAAGUCACACGAACGAGCACUAAACAUCAGACGAAAGGUCUUGGGUGAAGAUCAUGAGAAUACCGCUGACGGCUACUUUAACCUGGGGGAUACCCAGUAUAUGCUUAGAAAUUUCAUCUCAUCCGCUGAGUCACACAAACGAGCGCUAAACAUCAGACAAAAGGUAUUGGGUGAAGAUCAUGAGAAGACCGCUGACAGCUACUUUAAACUGGGGAAUAUCCAAUAUAUUUUUAGCGAUUACACCUCAGCCAAUGAGUCACACAAGCGAGCACUAAACAUCAGACAAAAGGUAUUGGGUGAAGACCACGAGAAUACCGCUGACAGCCACUUUAACUUGGGGGUUAUCCAAUAUAUGGUUAGUGAUUACACCUCAGCCGCUGACUCACACGAGCGAGCAUUAACCAUCAGACAAAAGAAAUUGAGUGAGGAUCAUGAGAAUACCGCUGACAGCUAUUUUAACCUAGGGGUUAGCCAAUAUAUGCUGAAAAAAUACACCUCAUCCGCUGAGUCACACAAGCGAGCACUAAACAUCAGACACAAGGUUUUGGGCGAAGAUCACAAGAAGACCGCUGAAAGCUACUUUAAAUUGGGGAAUGUCCAAUACAUGUUAUGUGAUUACACAUCAGCCACUAAGUCACACAAGCGAGCACUAAACAUCAGACAAAAGGUAUUGGGUAAGGAUCAUGAGAAGACCGCUGACAGCUACUUUGAGCUGGGGAUUUCCCAAUAUUUGCUUAAAGACUACACCUCAGCCACUGAGUCACACACGCGAGCACUACACAUCAGACAAAAGGUAUUGGGUGAAGAUCAUGAGAAGACCGCUUGCAGCUGCCAUGAGCUGGGGAUUACCCAAUUUAUGCUUAAAGAUUACAUCUCAGCUACCAAGUCACACACGCGAGCACUAAACAUCAGACAAAAGGUAUUGGGUGAAGAGAAUGAGAACACCGCUUACAGCUUCCAUAAGCUGGGGAUUACCCAAUAUAUGCUCAAAGAUUACGCAUCAUCCGCUGAGUCGGACAAGCGAGCACUCAAAAUCAGACAAAAGGUAUUGGGUGAAGAUCAUGAGAAGACUGCUGAGAGCUACUUUAACCUAGGGGUUACCCAGUAUAUGCUUAAAGAUUACACCUUAUCUGCUGAUUCACACAGGCGAGCGCUAAACAUCAGACAAAAGGUAUUGGGUGACGAUCAUGAGAAGACCGCUGACAGCUACUUUAAUCUGGGGGAAAUGCAAUCUAUGUUAAAUGAUUACACCUCGGCUACUGAGUCACACAACCAAGCACUAAACAUCAGACAAAAGGUAUUGGGUGAAGAUCAUGAGGAGACGGCUGACAGCUUUCAUAAGCUGGGGGUAAUCCAAUAUGUGCUUAAAGAUUACACCUCAGCCACUAAGUCACACAAGCGAGCACUAAACAUCAGGCAAAACGUAUUGGGUGAAGAUCAUGAGGACACCGCUUGCAGCUCCUAUGAGCUGGGGAUUACCCAAUAUAUGCUUAAAGAAUACACCUCGGCCACUGAGUCACACAAGCGAGCACUAAACAUCAGACAAAAGGUAUUGGGUGAAGAUCAUGAGAAGACCGCUGACAGCUACUUUAACCUGGGGGAUACCCAGCAUAUGCUUAGAGAUUACACCUCAGCCUAUAAGUCACUCACGCGAGCACUAAACAUCAGACAAAAGGUCUUGGGUGAGGAUCAUGAGAAGACCGCUGACAGCUACUUUAACCUGGGGGUUAUCCAGUAUGUGCUUAAAGAUCACACCUCAGCCAAUGAGUCACACAAGCGAGCACUAAACAUCAGACAAAAGGUAUUGGGUGAAGAUCAUGAGAAGACCGCUGAUAGCUACUAUAAGCUGGGGGUUAUCCAACAUAUGCUUAAAGAUUACACCUCAUCCAUUGAGUCCCACACGCGAGCGCUAAACAUCAGACAAAAGGUAUUAGGUGAAGAUCAUGAGAAGACAGCUGACAGCUACUUUAACCUGGGUGAUACCCAAUGUAUGCUUAGUGAUUACAACUCAGCAACUAAGGCACACAAGCGAGCACUAACCAUCAGACGAAAGGUCUUGGGUGAAGAUCAUGAGAAGACCGCUGACAGCUACUUUAAACUGGGGAAUAUCCAAUAUAUUUUUGGCGAUUACACCUCAGCCAAUGAGUCACACAAGCGAACACUAAACAUCAGACAAAAGGUAUUGGGUGAAGAUCAUGAGAAGACCGCUGACAGCUACUUUAAACUGGGGAAUAUCCAAUAUAUUUUUAGCGAUUACACCUCAGCCAAUGAGUCACACAAGCGAGCACUAAACAUCAGACAAAAGGUAUUGGGUGAAGACCACGAGAAUACCGCUGACAGCCACUUUAACUUGGGGGUUAUCCAAUAUAUGGUUAGUGAUUACACCUCAGCCGCUGACUCACACGAGCGAGCAUUAACCAUCAGACAAAAGAAAUUGAGUGAGGAUCAUGAGAAUACCGCUGACAGCUAUUUUAACUUAGGGGUUAGCCAAUAUAUGCUUAAAAAAUACACCUCAUCCGCUGAGUCACACAAGCGAGCACUAAACAUCAGACACAAGGUUUUGGGCGAAGAUCACAAGAAGACCGCUGAAAGCUACUUUAAAUUGGGGAAUGUCCAAUACAUGUUAUGUGAUUACACAUCAGCCACUAAGUCACACAAGCGAGCACUAAACAUCAGACAAAAGGUAUUGGGUAAGGAUCAUGAGAAGACCGCUGACAGCUACUUUGAGCUGGGGAUUUCCCAAUAUUUGCUUAAAGACUACACCUCAGCCACUGAGUCACACACGCGAGCACUACACAUCAGACAAAAGGUAUUGGGUGAAGAUCAUGAGAAGACCGCAUGCAGCUGCCAUGAGCUGGGGAUUACCCAAUUUAUGCUUAAAGAUUACAUCUCAGCUACCAAGUCACACACGCGAGCACUAAACAUCAGACAAAAGGUAUUGGGUGAAGAGAAUGAGAACACCGCUUACAGCUUCCAUAAGCUGGGGAUUACCCAAUAUAUGCUCAAAGAUUACGCAUCAUCCGCUGAGUCGGACAAAAGAGCACUAAAAAUCAGACAAAAGGUAUUGGGUGAAGAUCAUGAGAAGACUGCUGAGAGCUACUUUAACCUAGGGGUUACCCAGUAUAUGCUUAAAGAUUACACCUUAUCCGUUCAUUCACACAAGCGGGCGCUAAACAUCAGACAAAAGGUAUUGGGUAAGGAUCAUGAGAAGACCGCUGACAGCUACUCUGAGCUGGGGAUUACCCAAUAUUUGCUUAAAGAUUACACCUCAGCCACUGAGUCACACACGCGAGCACUACACAUCAGACAAAAGGUAUUGGGUGAAGAUCAUGAGAACACUGCUUGCAGCUACCAUGAGCUGGGGAUUACCCAAUAUAUGCUUAAAGAUUACAUCUCAGCCACUAAGUCACACACGCGAGCACUUAAAAUCAGACAAAAGGUAUUGGGUGAAGAUCAUGAGAAGACUGCUGAGAGCUACUUUAACCUGGGGGUUACCCAGUAUAUGCUUAAAGAUUACACCUUAUCUGCUGAUUCACACAGGCGAGCGCUAAACAUCAGACAAAAGGUAUUGGGUGACGAUCAUGAGAAGACCGCUGACAGCUACUUUAACCUGGGAAACACCCAAUUUAUGCUUAAAGAUUACACCUCAGCCACUAAGUCACACAAGCGAGCACUAAACAUCAGACAAAACGUAUUGGGUGAAGAUCAUGAGGACACUGCUUGCAGCUCCUAUGAGCUGGGGAUUACCCAAUAUAUGCUUAAAGAUUACGCCUCAGCCACUAAGUCACACAAGCGAGCACUACAAAUCAGACAAAAGGUAUUGGGUGAUGAUCAUGAGAAGACCGCUGACAGCUUCUAUAAGCUGGGGAAAGCCCAAUAUGAGUUAAGUGACUACACCUCAGCUGCUGAGUCACACAAGGGAGCACUUAACAUCAGACAAAAGGUAUUGGGUGAAGAUCAUGAGAAGACCGCUGACUGUUACUUUAACCUGGGAAACACCCAAUUUAUGCUUAAAGAUUACGCCUCUGCCACUGAGUCACACAAGCGAGCACUAAACAUCAGACAAAAGGUAUUAGGUGAAGAUCAUGAGAAGACCGCUGACUGCUACUUUCACCUAGGGGAAACCCAAUUUAUGCUUAAAGAUUACGCCUCAGCCACUGAGUCACACAAGCGAGCACUACACAUCAGACAAAAGGUAUUGGGUGAAGAUCAUGAGAAGACCGCUGACAGCUCCUUUUCCCUGGGGAUUGUCCAAUAUAUGCUUAAAGAUUACGUCCCAGCCACUGAGUCACACAAUUAG